AUGAUUAUUAAUAAAAUAAAUUCAUCAAAAAUUGAUCUAGCGUCAAUAUAUCAAAAUAAAGUUCUUCCUUUUGUUCGUCUUCAAACUUUAUCAUAUCUAUCAAUAUUAUUUUCAUUAAAUUUUACUCGUGUUAUAUUUGUUCAUCAUGCAUUAGAACACGUAGCAUCAGCAUGUAUUGAUAAAAUAAGUUCACUUCAAAAUGAUCCUUUUUUAUUAUACGAUAAUCUUCGCCGAACAAGUUGUCGAAAAUAUUCUUCAUUCGAUUUAACAAAAAAUCAAAGAAUAUCUUAUCGAAAAUAA